ACCGACCGGUAGCCUGCAGAGUACUGCAACGGGUUGUUUCGCCGUCGAUUCGUCUUCGCCGUUUCUGACGCGUAUAGUGCGCGUGCUCGUUUUUGUGCAUCAGAAUCCGUCCGCACGAUCAUUGCUAAAAAUUGUUUUAUCCGAUUGCUGUGAAACUGCGAAUUCUCGGCUGGGUCGUUCCGUUUUCCGCGCGCGAUGGGCGUCUCGGUAUACCGCGAAGUGACGAUGACUACAACCACCGCCGCCGCGACGGUCGCGUCUUCGUCGUCCGUCACCGCCACCGCCACCGCCAACAAGACGCCGUCGUCGAACGUGUUAAUGUGCCGCCAAUGGUGGAAAGUAUGUUGGAUGUAUGGAGAUCAGGAAAAAUAUUACAGACAGCUGUACGGAGCGACAAAAAAGCAAUCCGCUUCGUCUUCGGCUUUUGACGUCAACGGCGGCGGCGGCGGCGGCGGUAGAGCCACGGUUAUGGAACUCCAGCAAAUGUCCACCGUAUCUUUUAUGCCACCUCCGCCUCGGCUUAACGAUAGACAAGUGUGCCGGAACUGUAACUGUCCACGGGACGACCACAGCAGUGGCGUCAACCACAAUAACGACCACUACCGACAACAGCUAAAGGUCACCGAAACGGCCUCGUGUGCAGGAAGUAGUGCCGCGUCGAUAAUGUCGUCGUCGGCGGCGGCGACGGUGACCGCCGUCAAGCGGGGCACGCCUCCGCCACCAUUGCCGCCUUUACCCACAGGCCCGCCGGGUUACGACCAAGCAAUCGGUGGUUACGAGAAGCUGCUGGCCGCCACAGUAGCCGUGGGCGCGAUGGCCACGUCCACAGCGUCAGUGGCCACAGCCACCGGUCGUAAAGACCCGUUGGCUGUCGCUGCAAACCAUCACCACCACCACCACCACCAUCCGCACCACUCUCAUGCGGCGGUGACGGCCACGGCGGGUGGUGGCGAUCCGCAACAGCGACACUCACACUCCGACGACGAUUCCGGGUGUGCGCUAGAAGAGUACACGUGGGUGCCCGCCGGACUCAGACCAGAUCAGGUGCACUUAUUUUUCUCUGGCGUGCCCGAAGACAAAGUGCCAUACCUUAACUCGGCGGGUGAGCGGUACCGUGUAAGGCAGCUCCUACAACAGUUACCACCACACGAUAAUGAGGUACGGUACUGUCGAGGGCUAUCGGACGAAGAACGCAAAGAGCUGAGACUGUUCAGCGCGCAGAGGAAACGCGACGCUCUGGGACGUGGAGUGGCCAAGCAGCUGGUUGCUGACAUACCUUGUGCGAACUGUCAAGAGACCCUGCAGCCUGGCGACAUGGCAGUGACGGCGAGCAGAGUUGGGUCGGGCGCGGCUUGGCAUCCGGCGUGCUUCACGUGCCGUGUGUGCAAAGAGAUACUCGUCGACCUCAUAUAUUUUUACAAAGACGACCACGUUUACUGUGGUCGACAUCACGCGGAAACGCUCAAACCCAGGUGUUCAGCUUGUGAUGAGAUAAUAUUGGCUGACGAGUGUACGGAAGCAGAAGGUCGUGCUUGGCACAUGAAACACUUUGCGUGCUUGGAGUGCGACAAACAGCUUGGAGGCCAAAGGUACAUCAUGAGAGACGGUCGGCCGUACUGUCUACAAUGUUUCGACGGCCUAUUUGCCGAAUACUGUGACUCUUGCGGCGAUCCUAUAAGCGUAGACCAUGGGCAAAUGAGUCACGAGGGACAACACUGGCACGCUACCGAACAGUGUUUCUGUUGUCAUACGUGCAGAUCUUCGCUGUUGGGCAGACCGUUCUUGCCACGACGUGGUGCCAUUUUCUGUUCAAUCGCCUGCAGCAAAGGUGAACCUCCAACGACAACGACAACGAUGACGACAUCGCAAAGGCCUGAAUCAGAAAUGGACGAUGCCGCUGCUGCAGUCGCGCAAACAGAGCAGACAACGCCCGCGCAAACGCUGCAACCACAACCGGUCGUCGCCGCGCCAGGCUCACCGGCCAGCGCCGGAAGCCGGACCGCAUCGACAAACGGAUUCGCAUCGCCUUCACCGUCACAACAAUCGGCUUGCCGGUCGCCGUUGAUGGGCCGCAGAGCGUUACAGAAUGCCAACAACAGCAGUACAUCGUCGCCGUCGCCAACGCGCCACAUGCAACAACGGUCCGCGGGCGAUGGGGUAUUGGCGCCACACGUCGGUCGACCGAACGCCGUGGCCGCGCGUCCAUCUGAUUUGGAUGUAAGACAGCGGCGCCGGCGCAACGACAUCGCCGUGGUCGAGUCCAGGCGCGUAGUCACCGUAGUGGACAGGGGCGACGGCGAUGACGUAGACGUGGCCACUGAUGAUGAUGGCAGCAGUGGCAGACCACGCGGCCAUGGGUUCUCGGCCACGUCGUCAGCUGUGAUCGCGGUCGACCGAACUGAUGGCGGCCGGUUGGACGACACGCUUUACGAGCUGCAACGGUUGUUGAGCAACGGAAAACUGCCGCAAAGAUUUCUGGAAAAGCUCAUCUCAGACGACGAGAUCACCGACCGACUGCUAAAUGAGUUCGAAAAACUCACGACCGCGGCUGCAGCCACCGCCACGGCCGCCGCCAUAGAACCAUCGCCACCGUCCUCUUCGUCUUCAAGCCGACGGCCUGCGGUCGACCGUCGACUAACCGGCGCCACUCCGCCGUCCACCACCAUUGUUGCGACCGCAAACGCACCGCUGCAGCCGCGUCGUGCUUCGUCGUCAUCGUCCACGCCUGAAACGGUGGCCACCAGUGGCAGAAGAUCCGUCCGCUUCGACGGCACCGCUUUAUCGUCUGCCGACCCACCGGCUUCCGGGCGGUCCAGACGUCGGCGCCGGGAAGGCCGGAACAACCGGAGUCGGAGUCGGAGCCGGAGUCGAAACAACAGACCCGUUCCGCCGCCGCCGCCGCCGCCGACCGGUAACGACGACGGCGAUGACUCGUCCGCAGAACACGGUUGCUGUUCUACGUGCUCAUCAAGUUCAGGCAGCGAGCUCGACGACCUGUCUGUGUACCGGUUACCGGCUCGCCGGCCGUACGGCCCGGGAGCAGGCGCCGCGGCCAGGAUCUCUUACGUGCCCAACGACGCCAUAGCGUACGCCAAGCAGCAGGCCACUGCCCACCGGUCGCCCGGCAGGAGAACAGCGGCCGCCGGCCAGUCGCCACAGCACCUACAGAAGCAACAGCAGUCAGUGGAUGACAAGAACUGCGUCAUACAAUAGUGAUAUAUAUAUAUAUGCAAAUAUGCAAUACAAUGUGCUACGUUAGGUAUAUAACAUUUGUAUUUAUCAUGCUGUACAUGUAUAAUGUAUACCCAAUGAGUUAAUUUUUUUUUUUUUUUGAGGGGGAGGGGUAGAAUUUGGAUAAAAUACAUUAGUACCCUCUUGUUAAAGUAUAUGGGACUAGUUCCAAUUUGCCCCCUUAAUUACGCCUAUACACGUGUGUCUUCCACGAUAGUGUUUUGUAUAUAUUAAAUGUUAUGUGUAUAUUGUAAUCGUAUAAGUUAUAGACAAAAGUUUGUUAUAUACAUUUAUAUUAUGUUUAAUUGACGUAUUAUAUACUCCACUCGUGUAUAAUAUUGAUAAGUGAUAACAUUAAAAAAUUGUAGGUACUUGCCUAAUUUUUUGUUCGAACA